AUGGCUUUGAGGAUGAUAAAUCAAACCCUGGAUGAGCUCAAGGCAGAGCAGCAGCAGAUAUUGGCCAUCAGCGCCCAUUUUGCAUUGUUCGUCAAGGCAAAUGGCAUUGUCCAUUUCAAUGACGCCAUCCUCAACUAUAUUGAUCACUUGAUUAAACAAGCUCGGGACUCAACCUCGGCUACUCAAGAUCAGCUCUCAUACCAAGCAAAAAUCGACGGUCUCGAAAAAAUGAGAGAAAAAUACAAUAUCGAGAGGAAGCUCUUGACGGAAGGAGUCGAGGUUUCAAAAGCUGUCCCAACUCCAGAAGAAAUCGAAGAGCUGAUCAAAACGCUUUCAACCCUCAAGUACAACGGAGAAUUCUUUGCAACCAUCUCCACCCAAGCCACCCCAGACCUCAAGGUCCUUCACGCAACUCGCGAGCCAAACCAUGUCCACACUUGCCAACGGGGUUCAAAAUCUGAGCAUUUUCUGAUUUCGGGAUACUUCGCUUAUCAGUGGUGA